AAUAAUAUGCUUGUCAAGUGAAGUGUACAUUUGUACAAUGACUAUCCAAAGUGAAGGAAACCUACACAAGUUUUGUUAUUGAGUGAUCAAACAUUUGUAAAAAUGGUGAACGGCAACUACGUACUGUACGGCGACCGACCGUCCUCAGAGUCGGAAAUAGUCGAUGAUCAUGUCCAUACACGGUCAAAUGAGCGUAAAAAUAAACGGAAGAUGAAUAGGACAGCGAACGAACUUCAACAUACAUUAAACUUAGCUCAGCUAGACAAUGAGACCGACUCUGUGAAAUAUGAGAAGAAAAUAAAAGAGCCGCGGUUACUGCGCUACGUACCGACGACGGAAGUGGAAGAGAAUUUCGUCACCGAAAAAUUCGAAACAUAUGAUUUGAAACCGACCGAGGAGCGACCGAGACGAUACGCAUUUACCAAAAAACCAAAGAAUCCGUCGGACGGGUCGGUCAACUACGCUUACUCACGGUCGAGCAGUAGCUGCAGUUCGCCGAAUGGUAACCUGCCGACCAUUUCGGAGCACGGCGAGCAGUACGGCACAUAUCGCGUGCGCGCUAUGCCCAGCCCCACCGUGAACGAUCUCAUCGCUGGCUACGACACCAAACUGGACAAGUACUUCUCCAAACCCAGGGAUGUGAAACCCUUCUCUGCUAAGGGAUCCCAUCCCGACAGCUUGUACCGGGUGGCUACAGACAACAACACUGGCGCCAGCAAAGUGACGCGGGUGCUGCGCGUACUAAGAUGGCCAGUUGCACUAAUCGCAGUGUGCAUCGCCCUCGCUAUCUUCGUGUACUUCCUUAUGCCUGACAACUUGGAGUCGGCUUCGGGUCAGAACGGGACGUACUGGGAGCCUGUCGUGGCUGGACAUAGGCCUCGUCAUGAUUCACAAAGGGAACAUCACAAAAAGAAACCAGUGAACGAAGAACGCGGUUCGAAACCGUCGGAAAUAGAUUUCUACGACGCCGAAAACAAUAAAAACUCCGAAAUAAGUUCGGUUGAUAAGAAUACAAAUCCUUUAAGAAAGUUACCCAUAUUUCCUGUAUUUCCGACCCAUAUCACACCUGAAGUUCAAUACGGUAACGAAAAAGCCGAUUCCAACAGUUUAAGAACACCAAAACAGUUUGAAGUAUACGACGAAAAUGACGAUGGCAAUGACUCUACGUUGAAGCCACAUAUUACUCAAAAACCCGAAAAACCUGUAGAAGUUUAUUUCAAUGAAGCGUUAACCACGACGACAGAGGUCAUAAAUAGAGCAGAAACUAUAAAUGAUUUCACCACUCAUGAACACAAACAAGUGACCAAUAAAUUAGUGGCGCCGUCGGCGUCUGUAAAAAUGCAUCAGUCUACCCACAAGGAAUACACCCAGCCAAUCCUGUACAACCGCGAACGCGAUAGAGACCAGCGUGUGCCGCUCGAAGUACAAGAGUUUUACAGUCGCCGCCCCAAUACUGACGACGUCAACUUCACCUCAGGUCAUUCAAAGCUAUUUGGUAUAUCUAUAGAGGAUGCAGAAAAAAUGAAAUCGACAACACAAAGCUCUUUGUACAACACCAGAGUGUCCCCCACGCUUCCGACGUGGCGUGAUGGAGAUGACACAACCACUAAAAAAUACCCGUCCAAUGCCUACUCAGAGGUUCAGUGUCGUUCGCCUCGUUUGGCUCUCUGUCGAGGCGUCCUUCCGUACGACUUAGCAGGAGCGCCAGCGAAGAUUGGAAAUAUGGAAAUCACAACUCUCCUGCCCCAGAUAGACUACUUGGUGUCUACUAAUUGCAGUGACCGUGUCAAGCACUUCAUGUGUGCCCUACUUGAACCUGAAUGCAAUGCCCCACCUUAUCCUCUGAAAAUGCCGUGCUACAGUCUUUGCAAAGCAAUCUUGGACUCGUGUGACGGUCAAAUUCCCGCUGAGUUGACUCCGGCUUUCAACUGCAAGCAGUACGCGCGUACCAACUGCGUGGAAGCAAAGACUCCAUGCUACCCUCGUGAAUUCGGCUGCGGUGACGGGUCCUGCGUUCCAAGAGAUUGGAUCUGUGAUGGUACCAAGGAUUGUUCCGCUGGAGAAGAUGAAGCUACAUGUGUUCAGUGCGAACAAGCCGAAUACCGCUGUAGAUCUGGUGGGUGCAUCCUAAAACGUUGGCUUUGCGAUGGCUACUCGGAUUGUCCCGACGGCGACGACGAACAUAUUGAAACCUGUGGCACGCACAGCCAGCAUACUUUUAUAACCGAAACUCUAGAACCUAGUCAAGUGCAAACUGCUUCCGAUAUUCGCGAGCCAGGUGAAGAAUCUGCAGGCUCCGCUCCGGCACCAGCCAUCCGGAGACCAAACAGAGUACCUAUUGGACAGAAGGUAUCCAGUCACCGCAGUGAAAAUGAAAGCAGCAAGGAACUUCUUAUUACGAGCGACAGUAAUAAUGGUUUAAAAAGAAAUUACACGCGCCGGCCCCUACCUCCAAGGUUAUCUCAUUAUCAUCAUAGCCAUAUGCGAGGCAAACAUCAAGACACCAAAAAAGAGAUUACAACAGAGAACAAUGCAAAGGAAGUUGACGUGAAAAAGUCUGAGGGAGAUAAGCCCACGCAAAAGACCUCGGAAAAUGAAUCGAUCGAAGACGUUAACAUGGGAGAUCUAGGGUUUUUCGAUGAAUUUGAAAAGGAGGGCAAAGAACAAACUCAUAGUGACACAAAAACAGGGCACCACGCGAAGCCAAUGAUGAAGUUUGGAGUACCCCCACCCAACCCGACAGCCCUCAUAGAGGCGACAAAAGCCACUCAUUUGGAUAAACAAUCCAACAAUUUGGACAGAGUUAUUGAUGGCGCUGGACUCUUAAGGAAAGCACAAGCUGCACAGGCGGCUGAAGCAGCAACAGAUGAUUCUUCUUUGAACGAGACCUACGUAAAUGCGGAUAAAGACGACACACUUAUAGUACCUGCUAUACCUAAGCGCUUUCAAACUUCUGUCACUGGAGCAGUCCAACCAGCUAAUGUAGACGGCAGCGGGAGGACUACGCCAGGCGGCAGUGCAGGUGACUUUGGCAGGGGAGAAUGGACACGCGCGCAUACCUCACCUUGCCCGAGUGGUGAACUGCGCUGCGUGGACGGCCGCUGCAUCACACUAGCACAACUCUGCGACGGCACCAUCGACUGCUCUGACCAUGCUGAUGAAGACAACUGUUACACGUGAUCGUACAGCCACCCUCUAGUGGUAAGUUAGGUUGUUAGUGAGUGUAUCUCAUUCAAGCCAUGUCGUUAUUGUCCCAGUGACUGAUCAGUGUCCAGUGACCAAUAUAAGUACUGAGAUUCUGUUUCGAUUUGUAUUUAUUAGACUACAUAACUUUCAGUUUAAUUUGAAGACAAUAAAAUUUUAUAAAUCCAUCACAUCCAAUACAUAGUGGAAGAAGAAAAUGUAGGUAACUAAAUUUCACACUGCAUAACUGGGCAACCUGUUAAUUUCUUACAAAAUGAACUACUUGGUUUGAAGAUCCAUCAUUGGACCUCACUAGCACUGGAUAAAUACGUCAUCGGUACGAACCACAUGUCACGCCCUUAAGUUAUGUUUUAAAAUAGUAUACGCUGUGAUAAAGCAAUGCAUGAAUAAAGUGGAACAUACUCACAUUCUGCCGGUGAGGCAGAGUAGUCUCACUUGUGCUACCGUCCAUUUUUGUAGUUAGGUAUUCUUGUAAGUACCUGUAGAGCUAGGAUCUAUACCUAUAUAUAUAUAGACGUAGAAAACAUUAAAUAUGAUUAUUGUGAAUGCUUUGGUUAACAUGUAAGUAAUUGUAUUUUUAAAUAAAAUUUAUUAUGUGUAUUAACGUAUACCGUUAAUUCAAUAUAUUGUAGUACCUAAUUAUUGUUCUCUCUACAACCGUCCGUGAAUUUUGUAGACAAAUACUGAACAAGUAUUAUAUACACCAACAAGCUUUAUACUGACAUUAAUAUUAACAUUAUACUAACGUGUAGAAAUCAGUUUCAUUUCAUUUCAUUUUAUUGUAA